AUGACAGCAUCGUCGGCAUACAGCGUGUCUGCAUACGAAGAGCCCAAACUGCGAAACAAACUCAAGGAGCUGGAACACAAAAUCACCCGACUGGAAAGAGCCUUGGAACUGAACGGAAGGAUCAUCAUCGUUGGCGAUAAGCUGUUCGCCACCACGGAGAAAAUGGACUACUUCGAUAACACCGUCAAAAUCUGCAGAGCGGCUCACGGCUCCAUCGCCACUCCAGUGAACAAGAUGGAGAAUGAUGCCAUUAAGAGUUUGGUGGAGGAAUCCAAUACAUACGCUUACCUGGGCAUCACAGAAGGGCCCGUUCCUGGGGAUUUCCACUUCCUCAACGGGGCACCUCUGAAUUACACCAACUGGUACGAGGGGGAGCCGAAGGGGAAAGGGGCAGAGAGGUGUGUGGAGAUGUACCUGGAUGGCACUUGGAAUGACAAAAUGUGCAAUAAGUACCGCCUCAGUGUCUGUGAGUUUAGUAUCACACCCACUCACAGACCUUAA